AUGGACGAACGGGGGCUGCGGAAGCUGGUGUUUCAUAAAGGCAUCAAGCGGCUCGGCAAGCUGGCCCUGAUUCUCAAUUUUGAUAAGACGCUUGGUGAAGGCACAACUGAGCAUUUUGCUGCCAUCGGAUACGAUUCAGCCAAAGCCCUGGCAAAGCCGCUUCCAAUACAUCGAAUCAGUGAUGAAGAGUACAGGUUAUUAGACUCUCCUCCACAUUUGUCGCAAGGUCCAUACAGGGCUCUGAUGGGACUGACUCUGCUGGGGCUGUUGAUGACGAGGCGUCCGACCCUAGGUCUGUUAGGACUGGUCGGCCCAUACCAAGCUAAUGCAGAGAUGGUUGAUCAUGAUAAAUUCAGCUCAUCAGCCGAUUUGGCCGAGAAAGGGCUUCAUCUAGCUGGUUACGGACUUGAUCCUCCCCCUGACCCAGUUUUGCGACAUUCGCUGACCACACUGGCACUGCUGCUAGGACUGCGACAAACUCAAAACACCGCAAUGCUGAUGCCGGACCUGGAAACGGUUGAUCAAAUGUUUGAACGCCUUUUAGUUGUAAGGGUAUUCAGUGAGAAAGCAAUGCGUACAUUACGUGAUCAGGGCACAAGACGCAAGUGGGAUAUGCUCGUACGCGAAUCCCAAACAAAUCCGCUGUUUGACCUAGCUCAAUUACGUCGACUGAUCGCCCCAGCAGAACAUCGAAGCUUGGUAGAUGACAAACGAAAGCUUCAAAAGCAGGCGCUGAGCUACAAUUUGUUGCUGCGUAUCACCAAAAAGCAAGCCCUUCUGAAAGAGGAAGCAGCAGAGAAGCGCAAAAUACGCGAAGGUACACCCGAAUGGUAUGUUGCAAAAAUCAUGAGCAACAAGCUAUCUUCCAAAGAAUUCAGAAAGUUGGAAAAGAAACUCGUGGAAAACCUGUAUCUGACCAAAUAUCACCAGCUGUGGGUGCAAGGUUUUACUGGAGCUCAAGGUGAGCUGGCGUUGUCUGUGGUUUUACUGCGAAUCAAUAAGAAGCUGAUCAAGCUGAAUGACGAGUUGGAGAUGGAGUUUGUCAUUGUCAAAUGUUUGAAGCAUAUAAUUAAUGCUGAGAGACUCGAAAUACAAGAGUUGGGUGACGAGCUGUUGACUCUCGGGAUUUCCAACAAUAAACCACAUGUGAUCAAACUGAUGAUAUUUCUGCUUACGAGUCCACGCAUUAGUACGCGCAAACUAGUCACAGAGGUAAUGAUCUUUUUGCUGUAUUACAAAGAUCAUGAAUUCCUAUCUCAUAUUCUUGAAGCUAUGCAUGCAUUACAGGAUCUCAAAGGUGAUUUAGUACGAUUUCAACCAUGGCUUGCGCUGUUGCUGAAUUCUCUUGAACAACACUUUAAACUGGGUGACCGGUUUCAUCAGGAUCUGGUUUUCAAGGAUUACGCCCUCACACUGCUUUUAUUAAUCAACCUGAUUGUUGAGGGUACCACACUGAUUCGUCAUCGUGUAUCGCUUAGACGAGAGUUCAAUGAUCUGAAGAUUAUUGAUGUAUUUGAGAAGUUGAAACAGCUUGGUGAUGAACGCAUUUUGGAGGAAGUUGAUAAGUAUGAGGUCUUCGCUGAGGAGGAUUACAAUGAAUAUACUCAAGGUGGCAUCCUGACUAGUUACCUGACAAGCGCUCAAGCACUGGCUAUUUCACUGCUGGCACCUGAUCUGCUUGUCCCUCAACUGGAAAGUGGGCUGUCACUCCACUUUUACCUGAACCCGACCAGUGCUCCCCUGGUGCCAUCUCUUGUACCUGAGCAAAUGGGACUCGACCCACUUCUUCAAGAUAUCUUAAAAUUGUACUAUCAUGGACUUAAGCUGGAUGCACCAGACGUGAGCGAGCAGUUCAUGAGAGCAAUCUUCGCUCAAAUUAGUACCUUGAAGCAACGGGCACAGUACAAUGAGGAGGAAUUGAAUCGUCAACUUCGUGUUCUUGAUCAUGUGGUACUUCAAGUAACAGAUCGUGAUCCCAAAAUUGCGAAGGUGUAUCAAAGGAUGGCUGAGAAUGAUGCUGAAAUUGAGCGCCGUGUACUGGUACUGACCCUGGCAAACGACGGAUCCCUGGUUGGAGAUUCGCUGUUUGCGGUUCUGGCAGAUUUUAUCAACGAAUUGGAGCGUAUGUUUUCUGCCCGCAGUGCCAAAAAUGGACGUCAAUUGAACAAAGUCGUUUUUGACACUACCAUCAAGGAGGCUCUGGUCGCACUGGGUGCGACGCUGAUGCUGGAGGCAAGUGAUGCAGGGAGUGUAACCCAAAGCGAAGAGGCACGCCGUUCAGCUCGUCGCCGACGCUGGCAUGAAAACACGAAGCCAUUGCCGGCACCCCCAGCUCCGCCAAUACCAGGAUUUCUUUAUGAUGAUUGGACCGAGUCACAAGGAACGCAAAUUCUGCCUGGUCCUGACAUUCUUUCGCCUUUGUCUCCCGAGGACAAUGCGGUACCCACGUUUGAAGACUUUGAAGUACUGUUUGUUGAUGUGGACGACAGUGGAGCUAUGUGGGCUGACCCCGAAAGUCCUGUUGGCGUAAUGGAGGAACCAGUUAAUGCUUCAAUACUUGAUUCAUUUGAGGAGGAGUCCAAGACGUCACGUUUCAACAAGGGUAGCAAGGACAAUUUGGAGCGUUCAUCUUCAUCGGGCUCGGAACCAAAUAUUGGAAAGGCACCUAAGUUCGCUCCUCUUGAGACUCUUGAACUGCCACGGUUGCCGCUGCGAAGUGAACGCCGCAAGCCUCAACUUGAUCGUCUUAGUGUUGAGGAUGUUGAAGCACUGAACCGGUCUCUGGCAUUUAUCAUCGAUCCAGACGUGCAACGUAAGAUUCAAGAGCGACUUCUGAUGCUGAAGAUAAAGGUAUUCCAAAAACUGGGAGUAUCUUCGACACCACCUAUUCUGCUUAGUGUGAACACAAGCUUUGCUGGUAAGAAUACUUCUCCAUGCCUACUGUCGCCGAAGGAAGAAACGCCCACCCAAUCCGGAAGACGUCUGCGGAGACGGGAAACAGCAUUCGAUCGUAUGCGCCGGGAACGCGAGCAACGAUUGGCCGCAGAGGAUGCAGCGCGUUUGUCAGGACAGCUGGCGUCCCUGGCGCUGCCCUCGGCGAAGAGCUCGCCUCGAUUGGCACUGCCAGUGCAAUUGCGCGACCCGCCACUGCGCACUGCGGCGAGAAUAGCAGCUCAACAAUCCGCGCUGCCAGAGCUCCCUCCAUGGAGUGGUGAACGGUACCUGGGACUCUACGAAAAGUUCGAUUCUCCAGAUGACGUCAAUAUUCCGCCCAAUAAUGUACCUGAAUUUGUUGAAAGCGGCCUCGCACCGAUGGAAACAUCACUGCCCCGGGAGUCUCAGCUGGCCUUGAACGAACCGAUUGUGUUUUACGAAGUUCUGGAUGAGGAUGACACUGUUGAUCACUCAACUCCUCAUCAACGUUCGAAUGAAACUCUGAAGAGACUUCUGCUCAUGUUGGGUCGAGAGCGUCUGAACCGCCGUACACUGGCUUUGUCAUUGGCUCAACAGCGGUUCAAUUCUGUUGAUAAAGAAGCCACGAGUCAAUUGGGAGUCCUGCCAGAUGAACCGAUUUUGGUUACUUCAUCCGGAACUGCCAGCGACCACGAUGAUUCAUUUUUGUUUAAUGAGGAACCCAGACAAUUCCCUCGACUCAGGAAGAAAUCGCUGAAGUCGGUAGCAAUUGGAACCCUGCCUUUGAAAGAUCAGUCGCGAGGUAUAACGGUAGGUACUCUGCCUAUAAGAGAGACGGUUGCCUCAGGGACUCUGCCAGUCCAUACAGCCUACAGGGGCCUGAUUAAACUGCCUAUCAAAGAAAGAUUAUCGGAGCCUAUAAAAAUGGAGAUUGGGCUUUCACCUAUUCGCACUCGUGACGCUCUGCCCAAGGUCGACAAGUCUUCAAAAUUUGCAGAGCUUCACCUGCCUAAUUUAUCUCUGCCACCUCCCCCAUCUGCGCCUGCAAGUACCACAUCAAAUGCAGCCCCUCCUCCUCCGCCUCCCCCAAUUCCAGGAUUUUUGGGCGGUGGUUCAGGAGCCGCGAGUGGCUCAAUACCACCACCACCGCCGCCGCCGCCUCCUCCUCCUCCUCCUCCUCCUCCCCCGGUGCCUGGUUUCCUUGGGAAUUUGCUGGACGCAUCUUCAGCAAGUACAUCUCAUGGGGCACCUCCGCCUCCACCUCCGCCUCCACCGCCUGUGAACCUUUUUGAUACCACUGUCGAUUCAUCCAAAGCCUCUGCUGCAGGAUCAGCGAGCCCUACUGAGGAUGAUCCACUACAAUCUUUGGCAAUUAGACCCAAGCAAAAGCUCAAACAAAUGCAUUGGGACAAAAUUGAUGACAUCGAAAAGACUUUCUGGACCGACAUUGAACAUGGCAAGCUUUCUGAUCGCUUACUAGAAAAGGGCAUUUUAAACGAGGUCGAGCAAGUAUUUGUUGCAAAGCUGCUGGUGGUGAAGCGGAAGAAAGAGCCAGUUUCGUCGAAGGUAGGUACGAAGCCCCAGAAGGUGCUGUUUUUGCAAAGGGACCUAGCCCAACUGUUUGGAAUCAAUAUGCAUAUGUUUUCGUCGAUCGAGCCCAUGGAUUUGGUACUCAAGGUUCUUCAUUGCGACAAAGAUGUUUUGGAAAAUGUACUGGUACUUGAAUUUUUCAAUCAAGAGCUGCUAACGGAUUUCUCCGAUCAGCUUAGACGACAACUCAUGCCCUACCUGACAGACUAUUCUGGAGGUAAUCCCAAACCACCGAAGCAAAGUCCGGACGAACUUGAGCGUGCUGAUCGAUUAUUCCUUGAGCUCUGUUACAAUUUAAGUCACUAUUGGAAACUGCGUUCGCGGGCACUCUUACUCACGCAAACGUAUUCUCGAGACUAUCUGGACUUGUGUAAUAAGCUAGAUCUCAUUGAAAAGGCUACAAUGCAAUUGAAAUCGCUGCAGCUGUUGAAGAACGUUCUUGGAAUCAUCAGACUGGUGGGAAAUUUUAUGAACGACACCCUGAAGCAAGCUAUGGGCUUCAAACUAGAUACGUUGCAGCGGCUUAAGUUCAUGAAAGAUGACAAGAAUGCGCUGAACUUUUUGCAUUACAUCGAGAAAAUCAUUCGUAACGAGUUUCCUGAAUACGGUCUGUUCGUUGACGAUUUAGCUGUGCUUCAACAUGUCCACAACAUACUGAUUGAGCAAAUGGAUCAGGAUUGCAAGGAUUUUGAGCGCAUCAUUAAUAACGUACUGAUGCUGAUUACAAAAGGAAAUUUGCUGGAUCCGCUGCGCUUCCAUCCAGAAGAUAAGGUGUUGAAAGCUGUCGUAGGUCCUAUGGAAAAGGCAAGACUCAAAAAUCUGAUUCUACAAACGAGGUGGGAGCUGGUGCUAAGCGAUUUCAAAGGAGUAAUGGAGCUUUUUGGUGAAAAUGCUAAUGAAGCAAAUUCCAGAAACUCUUUCUUAUCCAAAUUCGUCGUGUUCAUCAAUGAUUUUAAGAAAGCUCACGUUGAGAAUAUCCAGAGAGAAGAAGAACAGCGUGUGUAUGAAGCAAGAAAGCGAAUGAUAGAGGAGCUGAAGUUGAAAAAGCGCAAGACUGAGGAGUCAGUUGAGGAAGACGUCAAGAUACUGCCUACUCAGUCAACGUCUAAAAACUCUGAGGAUGAGGGAGAAAGCAACGGCGAUGAUGAAGCAAAUACGCUGAGAAUGCUGACUAACAGUGACGUUAUCGACACUUUACUUGAGCGACUCAAACUGAGCAACCCGAGGGGGCUGCUGGCAGCAAAAGAUCGUCGCUCUAAGAAUCGCCGCUCAAAAGCAAUGUCAUUUUAUGGGCUCCCCGCACAAAAUGAGGAAGAAUCAGAACAAACAUCUUCCAACAAAGAGUACGAUCUGGUAAAUGCUUUAAAGAAGCGCAUGACAACGCGAAAGAGGGAUGCAAAUAAAGAUGACGGCGAUGGAAAUGCAGAUCUGAUUUAUUUAAGAACUCAGGCAAUGUUAAACCAGCUUCGUACAUAA